AUGUGUUCAGAGGUGGAAGAAGUUAUGCACCAGGAUACUGUUAAGUAUGUGGAAAAUCAGGUGCAGAAAGUCGGUAUCAGUGUUAAAAAGUUCUAUGCAGAAAUCAUGCAAGAUUUGAUUCCUCCAUCUGAUGUAGAUCCUGUGAAAGUAGCUGCUGGCGACUUGUCUCUUAUCCCUCAUGAUCAUUCGAAUAUGAAUGAGGACCUGAAAGCUAUGCUUGGAAAUAGCGAGUUAAUGAACGAAUCAACUGAGGAUAAGAUGACUGCUGUCGAGGAUAUCGGAGAAAAAAUGUCAUUUAGACUUGGUGACAAGAGCGACCCAUCCUCUCUGUGUAACUUGAAUGAAAGUUGCAUAUCUCCAUCUGAUCACACAAACGUGACAUUAUCCGUAGAUUCUGGUGAAAGCUGUAAUUCUGUAGAAGCAGUGAAUGCAAAUGAUUCUUCAAUCGCUCUGGCGCCAGGUAUGUUCCUGGAUGUGGAUGGUGGUGAUGUUUCUCAACAAGGCUCAAACAUAAGCAGAAAUAAAUGUGCUGUUAAAUCUGAUAAUGAGGAGGUUAUCAUUUUUGGUGAAGGGGCUGAAGAUAACUUUGAUACUGACGUCAUCCACAAUGAUCAAUUCCUUGAGCUAAGAGCAGAUAACAUAAAUCAAGAUGAAAAAUCAAAGUUGGAGGAAUCGUGUGUCAUGGUGGAAGGGGAUAUGCCCCCUUUUUUUCUUCAAGAAACUGCGAAACAGAAAUCAUACAAGAAAAAGAUUCGAGGGGCCUUUAUGUCAAAAUUGAGGUCAAGGAAACAAGAGUAUAACAAACUUCUUGUCCAAUAUGGAAAUCGAGAUGGAAUGGAAGGAAUCGAGAUAGUGAUUCCUGGUUCAAAUAUAGUCUCUGACAAUGGGAAAUUACAAUGUCGUAAUUUUUCUGAUUCUGACUGGGAGCUUCUCUAG